AUGGCCUUUAGCGGACUUACGGACAAUGCGUCCAACACACCUGCCGGCAUUAUCAUGGCCUCAUUGGCACAUGCAUUUGGCCUUUUUGUCGGGGUUUCUACCGCUUUCAACAUCUCCGGCGGCCAUGUCAACCCCGCCGUUACCUUUGGUGCCUUCCUUGGUGGCAGUAUCUCUCUCAUUUGUGGCAUUCUUUAUUGGAUCGGUCAGCUCCUUGGCUCCACUGUGGCCUGCCUGGUACUUAAGUUCUCUACUCAUGGCAUGUUCAGAAACAUGGCAAAUUUAUGCAGACAGCAUCGGCAUUUUCUUUGUCUGUCAGGGGUGAAUGUGUGGAAUGCACUUGUAUUCGAGAUUGUACUGACGUUUGACUUAGUUUACACAGUAUAUGCAACAGCUCUUGAUCCUAAAAAGGGUGAGGUGGGGAUUAUUGCACUUUUGGCAAUUGGUUUCGUUGUUGGAGCUAACAUUUUAGCUGGGGGAGCAUUUGAAGGAGCAUCCAUGAAUCCUGCAGUGUCUUUUGGACCUGCUUUGGUGAGCUGGGACUGGACCAACCAUUGGGUUUACGGGAUUUUUACCAAAAAGGAGUAA